AUGAGUGGAAUAAGAAGCAAUAACCCUUUUGCUCAAGAAGCAGAAGAAGAGAUCCAGUCACACAUUUCAAAUUCAAAUGGACUAAGCAGACAAUCAUCAGUUAAUAACAAUAGAACUCCAGAUCCCUCGAUAUUGGAAUCUUCGUCUACAGAGGCUAUUACCUUGGAUGGCCACGGUGGCUCAACUCAACAAAACAAUACUAAUGGUUCAACCAAUAAUUCCGAGCCCAUAAUACCUUCAAUUCAAGUUAAUCAAGAUACGGAACCUGCUCAGGUAGAUGGUGGUAGCUUACAUGGCAACUCACGAAGAUCUUCAACAUCGACUAACAAUAACUAUUCGAUACCCGAAUGGCAACAGGUUGAUGAUUCUCAUCCAGAUGGCCCACCACCAGCAUAUUCUGAAGUUGAUCCAAUUAGCCCAUCUGCUGCAAACCAGUCGUCAAAUCUGUAUCAAAGGCCUACAGAGGAACCUCCUCGCUCACCUUCAACUGGACAAUAUGAAAGACCAUCAGCACCCUUUCCACCUCAAAGACCACAAAUAGAUACUCAAUUUGCACCACCACCUGGACCACCACCAAAUUCCCAUUUCCCACCACCUGGACCCCCUCCUAAUUCAUUUAUGCCACCACCGGGGCCACCGCCAUCACAUCUUUCACCAGAGGAAUUUUCCCCAAGAUUACCACCACGUCCAACAUCACCAAGAUUACCACCAAGACCUAACGUUCCUAGAAGGAAUAUAUACCCAGGUGCUUCGGGUGCAUCUUAUUCUAAUAUCGGUGCUCCACCACUACCAAAUAGAAGGUAA